AACACCGAUGAUGAAGGCUGCGGUAACUGUAGGGGCGACGACGGCGGUGGCGGCCCUGCUGGUGAGUGUGGUGGCUGGAGAGGCGGCGGAGGACUGGUACUCCGGCAUCCCAGAGCAGUGGGAGCACCGCUACCAUCAGGCCGUGGCCGGGGACCUGGUGGUGCGGGAGUAUGUGCUCCAGGAGGUCCACCCGCGCACCGCACUCCUCUGUCCUAAAGACUUCGCUAUUGCCAAGCUCCGACUGCUGCUCCGGACGGGCGAGGACAUCAUCAGAGCCCACCCUGAGGCGGCGCUGGACGUGCCCUACGCCCACUGGCUGGUGAAGGUGGAGGAUGGUGUAGAUAGCGACGAGGAGAAGGGGUCCAGCAAGUGUCCCACCUUAAAGGCCUGCCUUGGCUACCAGGCCUGCUUCUUCAACUAUGGUGUCGAGUUCUGUCACAUGGACCCCAUCCCCGGCCAGCGUAAGGUCCUGCAGGUGACAGUUACGUGCUUGCGGGACAAGGCGAUGAAGGCGGCCCUCGUGAAGGCCAGGGAGGCCGCUGGCCAUAUUCAAGAAAUAUGUCGCCGGGCGCAUCAGGUGGUGCACCUGACCUACACGUCGCGGCUGGAGCAGGGGGUGCAGGAUUACAGGCUGACGGAGAUCCGGCCGCGGGAGGAGGCCGAGGAGGAGGUGUUCUACGGGUCGUGCCCGGCCCUGCCCUACACCCUGAGGGAGGGAUAUAGGGGUCAGUGUAACAACUCCCCUCCUGAUUCCACCACCGUGAGCGAGGCGUUGUGGUCUCUCCUCGGCAGAGUACCGUCGAGGGAGUGUAGGGAAGAGAUACGACAGAUCUACUGUUCCUUCCUCUACCACAACAAAGGUCUCUGUCUUCCGCCCUUCGUCCUCGAGCCUGGACAGGUGAGUGAGGUGGAGCCGGAGCAUCUUCGUCUGGUCUUCAACUCGUUCCCGCAGACAGGCACCCGACCGGACCUGGCGGGCUACCAGGACCUGAGGAGAGACCCCCACAAAGCCCUCAUACCAGCAAGGAUCGGCUUUCUGAUACUGGCUCACAAGGACCCCGCAGCCCUGGUACAGCUGCUGAGCAUGUUGUACCGUCCGCACCACUACUACGUCUUCCACGUGGACCGGCGCCAGGCAGCGGUGCGCGCCACUCUCACCGCUCUCCUCCAUAACCUCAUGCCCACCGCCACCAAUGUGAGAAUUGUGCCGGAGUCGAGAUCGUUCGGGGCGACGUGGGGGUCCUUCAACAUCGUGCGCGCCGAGCUGGAGGCCUUCGAGGAGCUGCUCCGAAUGGGCGUCUGGGACUUCGCGGUGAAGAUGAGCGGCUCGGAGUUGCCACUCAGGGACGUGGACGACUUGAGUGCCACCCUGGCGCCCUACAGAGGCUACAGCUUCCUCCCAGUGUUCGGUCAGAGGAACAAAGACAUGAACGCCGACCAGGGGCUGGUGUUGGAUGUGUGGCACGGGUGUGAAGGUUACGUCUACAAUGUGACGAGGGCGGGAGGUCAGCCAUACCCAGAAGAGAUACCCAUCCAUACAGGAUCACAGUGGGCGGUGAUGAGUCGUGACCUGGUGGACUACUCAGUAACCUGGAGCCGUCGGAAUAGUCGUCUGAACCGCUGGCACUUCCACCUGCAGACCUCCAUAGUCCCCGACGAGUCCUACUUCCCCACCGUCGCUAUGAACUCCCCAUAUAAGAAUCGGAUCCUUCCUUUGGGGUUCCACUGGUUGAGGCGGUUUGAGGGCCUCAACACCAUCUUUCUCUGUCGUCACAUGGAAGACGCCGACUUCUGUGGCCAGGGCCCGGGACCGAUCGAAGACGAGAACUUGAAGGAAAUGUUGGAGGCAUCACACAGGUAUUUCUUGGCCAGGAAGUUCUACACCCACGACAUCAACCACUCAACCAGGAAAAAGAUAGCGGAACAUGUGAGGACCAAUUACUACCAGAAUCUGAAGAGACACCUGCCGGCGGCCCUCCUGCAGCAGCUGACCCACCUCGCCUUCCCCCUUCUACAGCAGCAGGUGGCUGCCCAUCCUCAUCUAGCCCACCUCAGCCUCACCCCCGGGGCUGUGCUGGGGCUCCGGGUGAUGCCCCGUCUCCACCUGACCAACCCGUGCUGUUCUCUGCCCUUCGAGAGGUCCUUCAAGAGUACGCAGGAGUUCUUCUACUGGGUAGACUUUUCCCUUGUGGAGGAGGUGGAGGGGAGAGUGGUUGGCGGGGCUCGAGCAGGGGUGGCCCCAAGGGCGGCGUGCGACUGCUACCCUGACGGGCACCUGAGGGCCCUCAGGUACACCACCUACCACCAGGACCUCGCCGCUACCCCAAGCACGUCAUCAGAUGAACCCAAGUCAGCGCUCUCUAUCAAUCUGCCAUUGCCGUUCGCGAUGCCAGGAGUGGACACGGUGUUCGUGGAGCUGUGGUUCCACGCCGGGGAGCGCAGCCUCACCCCAGACUGCCGCAAGAGGACCAGACCCACGGGCACGCCUAUGGAAUUCCGCAAUCUGAAUAUUACCGGAGUGACGGGAGAUCCACUGGACGUGAUUGUGCAGCUAGUCGAUCCUAGAGGGAACGUGAGGUGCGAGGAGCACAAAACAGAGUACUGGGACAAGGACCACAUCUUCCUCAAUGGAGACGGGGAAAUGGUUGAGAUGGCGUCCUUCUUCCCCAUCUCUUGCGGUGUCAUGGAACACGGCCCCUGGACAGUCCGUGUCUUUCAGGAUGGGGUUGAAGAUGCCCGGCACUACGAGCUUCCUGUGGUCGUCCUGCCAGGAGUCCAAGACAUGCCCCUUGACCCGCACCAGCUGGAGCGCGUUGAUCUUCUUCAGGGACUCUGGACUGUAGAGCAGGCAGCGCUCCUCCCUUUCAACGACUACUACGGGGACUCUCCCAAGUUGCCAGAAAGAAACCCCAGUCCUCCAGUUUAUCGUCCAAAGUCAAAAGAUAAAAAGAACGGGGAGGUGAAAGAGAAAACAGGAGAAGCAAAGGCACACAUCAAAGACACCAUCCAUGACCCCAGGAGUUGUGGAUCACUGAAAGAGGAACGCCAUUUUGGUCUUCACCACUACGACUCCACCAGACAGCAAGAGGCCUGCAGGCUGCCUGCCGGAGGUGAAGGAGGAGCCGACGGAACUGCUGCAUGAGACACACGGCUCAUAAAUACCCCAAAAGGAGGAAAAGAAGGAAGACAAACUGUAAUGACGAUGAGGAUGAAGAGACCAUGGAGUGGACGAAAAUGAGCGAAGGUGGACAGCCUGGACAAAAGUGUUUGGCAAAAAUAGACACUUUAUAUUUACUGUCUGUAAUAGAAGCAGUAGGAGUGAUGGUACUAAACAUCGUGACGAAAUAUUAAUAAUAGUAGUAGUAUUUUCAGUCAGAACAACAGGAAUUAGAUGGGAAAAAAUAGCCGGAAUGCAAUGACACCAGCCCACACUGCACGGUCCCACACUAUACCAGCCCACACUGCUCGGUCCCACACUAUACCAGCCCUCACUACACCAGCCCACACUGCUCGGUCCCACACUAUACCAGCCCUCACUACACCAGCCCACACUGCUCUACCUCAUACUACACCAGCCCACACUGCUCUACCUCACACUACACCAGCCCACACUGCUCGGUCCCACACUAUACCAGCCCUCACUACACCAGCCCACACUGCUCUACCUCAUACUACACCAGCCCACACUGCUCUACCUCACACUACACCAGCCCACACUGCUCGGUCCCACACUAUACCAGCCCUCACUACACCAGCCCACACUGCUCUACCUCACACUACACCAGCCCACACUGCUCUACCUCACACUACACCAGCCCACACUGCUCUACCU